GCGUCUCAGUUGGUCCCUUCUAUCGAGAAACUUUCACAGCUAAAAAUGAAGUCUGUUGUUGCCCUGUUUGCCACCGUUUUGGCCAUUAUUUUGGUGGCUGGAGUGAGUGCGGAUGCGGGUCGCUCCGCCUGCAAGGAUGAGUCCGAGAUUGGACAGACCUAUACGCAUCACUUCGAUGCCGCUAAGUACUGGCUGUGCGAGACCCUUGGCGUUCCGGCCACCGAGGUGGACUGCCCCGCGGGACUGGCCUACAUGCAUCUGCUCAAGGAGUGCAUCCCAUGGGCCAGUUACAUCUGGAAGAAGCCCGAGAUGCCACCAACUGUGGCCUGAAAAUAAAUGACCCAGCUCUUGAACGUU